AUCAAAUUGAGUCAUGAUGCUGAUGUAGCUACAGAGUAAAAAAAACCGAAGGUGGUUUUUAAUCAUCGAGUGUUAAUACCAAAAAUCAAAUUACUCAAUAGCAAAACAAUAGUGCAACCAACAUGAUUUAAUCUGUUCAUGUUUUGGGGAUGCCUCCAUGAUGAAUUAACAAUCUGGUGUUUAGUUUUAAUCCACGACACGACUUGUAGGGUAGAAAGAGCAAUGAUCAAUUUGCGGAAAUUAAUAGAUAUUGGUGCUAAUUUGACGGAUCCAAUGUACCAGGGUUUUUAUAAUGGCACACGUAAACAUCAGCCUGAUCUCAACAACGUACUUGAACGUAGCUGGAGCAAUAACUUGUCAAAAAUCAUCAUCACAGCUAGUAACCUGGAAGAGAGCAAAAAAGCAUUGGAAAUCGCCAAAAUGGACG